AUGCGAGUGGGGACAACAUGAAGCGAUCUUCGAUGACAUUUCGGUUCGCCUACGCCGUCUUAGCUUAGGUGGUCUUCGUUACUUAGAUGGCGAAUGAAGAGUAUACGUAGGUACAUACAUACAGCAGUUCGAAUCAUGUUCGGCCAUGUUUGGCUAUGUCUUUUAGUGGCUCACCCAUUGUUACCUCAAAAAUCGAUCCCCGGUGUUUGUCAAGAUUCGGGACAUUCGGCUUUCAUAUCUGCUUUCCGUAUCAUCCGUCUCAGUCUCCUCCGUAUCGUGAUGGUAUGUCCAGAUAUGGUCAACCUGCAGCAGUCUGUGGCAAUUGCUAGGCUCCCUUCAAGGACGCCUCGACGUUAGGGAUGACGGACGCCAAGGAGCCUGUUGUCUUUCAUGGUGGUGGUGAUCGAAAUGGUGGGUUGCAUUAUUGUCUC